AGGCCUUCUGUCCUCGGUACCUGAAGGUCAGAAUCUGAUUAUAACGGGAUUAUUAAUGAGAUCGCUUUUCCACUACAUAGACUCAUAUACUAAAUAUCAAGCUGCUCACUGAAAUGCUUGUGGUUUAAUUUGCUUGUUAUCCUUUAAAUUGGCGGUCGCGAAGUUUCAAACCAAACGGCUCCUCUAUUGUUGGUUUAAGCACUACUUCCUGACAAGUUGUCUUAUGGGCUAAUUGUUCGCUUCAAUCCUCCUUUUACAGCCGAUCAGUUCGUAGUGAUCUUGCUACCACUCUCUGGCCUUUUUAUGUACUCAGAAUCGCAUGUUGUGCAGGGAUAAUUAAUGAUGAUUUCUACAGACCAAGAACUCAAAGUCUCUCGCAUGACAAAACGAUCGCAGAAUAAAAAACUCUUCGGUCGCGAUAAUUACAAGUUGCGUGAGUUCGUAUUGCAACCAUAUUGUAUUCGGUAUUUCGAAGUUAGCGGUGGAAAUCGUGGUAAAGAGAAAGGUCAGCUUCUUCUCAGUCAUGUUAAGUUCAUCGAGAAAGUACAAGACGAUGAGCUUGAUAACAAAAAGAAUGCUUUCCAGGUUGCUUAUGCAGAAGAUGCGAUUUCUAGCACUUGGUAUCUCUUGUAUAUUGUCGCGAAUUCCGCCAUUGAACGAGAUGACUGGAUUAGUCUAGUCAGAUUUUAUACACGUGAACGAGGUGCUACUUUUCUGCCACGUUAUCAUCCCGGUGUUUGGAAACGUCCUGGUAGAUAUAGCUGUUGUGAUGACAUCAAUCGUCGAUCUAUGGGGUGUCAGCCCACUAAUGAACCAGGUCCAUCUGUGGUCAUUGAGCAACUUUGGCGUACAGCUGCGGGAGUCGACUCAAAUAACUGUCAACCUCAAAUUCCGCAGGUUGCAACGACAGCUAAUCUAGUGACAAAUACGCAACCUUCUUAUCCUGUUUCUACUCCUCAAUUAGUUACAACGCAGCUUAAUUCAAACGUGCAACUUACGUCUAAUCCACUAUCCGUAUCUGAUUUAAAUUCGGCUAACAUAGCUUCCACUGCAGCUUCAUUUAUUCCACUUACUUCCGCUGUCGGGUUGCCUGUACUUCACCAAACACCUGGUCUUUCAACUCCUGUCGCAGGAGUGUUAGUGUCUACCGCCGUCACUAGUUCGAUUUCUCCUUCAACUUUAUUUCAAAUACAACAACAACAACUUCUACUACAACAGAAACAACAACAGCUUGCUAUGCUUGCAAAUAGCAGCGCGGGUCAAUUUUCCCAUUUAAAUAAUGCAUUUCGUCGGUCAGGAAUGAAUCAAAAUCGAGGACAUUCCUUACGUUAUAUUCAGCCAACUUUUGAUAUGGAUGAAGGAGAAAAUACCGUUAUUGCAGUACACAACUACAAUCCUGUAAGGGAAAACCAACUGCCUUUACAAAAAGGUGAAAAGUAUUACGUAGUCAAUCAGAGUAAUUCUCAAUGGUGGUAUGUUAGGAAUAUGGCUGGUCAAUUGGGUUAUGUACCUACCAAUUAUGUUCAUAAACCAAACAGUCUGAAUUCAUUCGAUUGGUAUUACAAAGAUAUUACCAGGCAACAAGCUGAAGCUAUUUUACUAGACGAGAAUCGCGAAGGUUGCUUUCUUGUUCGAGACUCAGUUAGCAAAAAGAAUACAUACACUUUAUCAGUUACUUCGAAAGACCCUGAAGCGCCAGGAAAAUUAAAAGUACAUCAUUAUCAUAUCCAUAGAACAGAAUCAUCAAGUCUGAAUGGACACAUGAAUGGAUGUGGUGUCGGUAGUGGUAGUGGCAGCAAUAGUGGUUUAAAUUCUACUGCAUCUGUAGCUGCUAGCGUUACAGUUACAACAACAACAACAUCUAAUACCAUUGCAAACGUGAAUGGUUCAAAUAGUACAGGGUCAAAUACCCCCAAUGUUGGAUCAACCACUAAUGGUGAAGCACAAUAUUACUUAUCUGAAAAGCAUGCGUUCCCUACAAUCAGUGAUGUUAUACAUUAUCAUAAGCAUAAUUCUGGUGGACUAGUUGUCCGACUCAGAUCGCCACCGACCAAAGAUCGAGAAAGUCCUGUCACUGCUGGAAUGGGUCUAGAUGAGUUUGAACUUGAUCCAGCUGACCUUCAUUUAGAAAGAGAGCCAAUCGGAAAAGGACAAUUUGGAGUUGUGAAACGUGGCAAGUUCCGUAACAUUCCGGUAGCUGUUAAACAAAUGGUUGAAGGGGCUAUGAAUGAAGAUGAUUUUAUUGAAGAGGCUAAAAAUAUGAGAUUUCUUAAUCAUCCAAAUCUUGUACAGUUAUUUGGUGUUGUAUUGAAAAAGCGUCCAAUUAUGAUAAUCACUGAAUAUAUGAAACAUGGUUCAUUACGUGAUUUUAUGCGACAACGUCAGCCACAGUUUUGUAAUCGACCAGUUGUUAUGUCUGAUAUUUGUGCUCAAGUAGCAAAUGGAAUGGCUUACUUGGAACAAGAACAGUUUGUACAUCGGGAUUUAGCAGCACGAAAUUGUUUAGUAAAAUCAAUUAGUCAAAAUUCAGUUCACGUCAAGGUAGCUGAUUUCGGUAUGGCACGUUUUCUACUAGAUAAUGUAUAUGAACCAAGUGCUGGAACGAAAUUCCCUGUUCGUUGGGCACCUCCUGAAGUAUUUCAGUCUACUUAUACAGCUAAAGCAGAUGUAUGGAGUUUCGGUGUGCUUAUGUGGGAAGUGUUUACCUGCUGUUCAGAAAACCCUUAUCAAGGCAUGAAUAAUACACAGGUUUAUCAGUAUAUUGUUGGCGGUGGGCGACUGCAUAAACCUGCUGUAUGUCCUGAGCGAAUUUAUGUUUUGAUGCUUGAGUGUUGGCAACAUGAUCCUAGUAAGAGACCAGCAUUUGAAUAUAUUUGUCAAAAAAUUGGAGGAUACCUAGAUCAAAACUGUGAGAAUUGACCUAGUGGUAGGGUAAACAAUAACGCAUAGAAAAUGAUCACAGUUUUAUGUAGAUGGAAAAAAUGAGCGAUUUUGAGCUGAUUUCUUGAACGAAAUAAAUUUUCAGAAUUUGUAUUAUUUAUUCUGAAUUUAAAUAAAAAAGAGUCUGAGAGAUUUCUUCGCAUUUGUUAACAAUGUAUGUAAAAAGAAACUGAGCACCCUUUACUAAUGUCUAUUGAGUAUAUAACAAAUUGUUGUUCAAGUACAUACGUAUAUCUUCAAAGUUUAUACCAUGACAACUAUCCACGCGUGUGAAUGCCAAGCAUUUCAAUAAAAUAUUACUAUUCACUAUGUUUAUCGUUCCUUUGAUUGUUUAGUUACUUCUUUUUUAUGCUUGUAUCUCUCUGGAUUUAGUUUUAAUUGUCUUGAUGCGUUUAUAUUCUUUACCUGUGUAGUCAUGUACAUUUUAAUUAAAUUAUCCAAAUUACAAUAUGGCUUUUUUCAAUACUGUCCAAAAUGUUCCGGUGCUAUUUUUAAUGAUUUCUUUAUUCACAUUUCUUUCUGAGAAUCAACAAAAUUCUAUGAGGAAUUGUACUAAUUAGUUUUUGAACUCCUCCAUGUUGAACAAAAAGAUAAGCGGUUUGCUUCAUUCUUUCUCGGUUGUUUGAAUAUUCAUUGAACGGUGUAUCUUAUUGUGUUUCUUUUAUUGUUAUCGUGUUGUUAUUAUUAUCGUUGUUAUUGCGCAAUCUUUUCUCUUAUUUUCAAUGAAACAAUAAUCUAUCUAAAAAAUUGUGUAUUUUAUUGUUUCUUUUUACAUUUCAUAAUACUUCAACACUUUGUAUGGCUUUUGCUAAAUGCUCUUGUAAAAAGUGAUUACCACAGAUUAUGUUAACUGGCACAACUGUUCUCCUCGCCCUCUUUUUUUCUAACCAUAUAUAUACAUAAGCUUGUAUUUAUCGUGUAUAGUGAUUUUCAAAUAAUUAUCAGUAUAAAUAUGGCAAAUUAUAAACUUAUUAUUAUUACUAAUAGUAGCACUACUUCUGACAUUACCACCACUAUUGAAAAAGGACUGUCAAUGAGUAAACUUAUUACUUUUUUUGUUUUUCAGUUCUCAUUUUCCUCUCAUCAUUGUUUACAUUUUCACUUAGCUAAUAUAUAUAUAUAUAUAUAUAUAUAUAUAUAUAUCCAUUUAACCGAAAAAUUUAUUAUUUCUCUAUUAUUAUUUUAUCACAUCUAUGUUUAUACAAUUUAAUAUUAUUGAAAUAAAUAAUUGUUAGUCAAUGUUGUGACGAAUAUGGUCUUAAUUUAUUUGCUUUAACAAUAUGAUAUUCAGUUUUAAUUGUUAUAAUACUUAAUUAGUACUCCGAAUCCAUAUCAAUUACCUACAUUUGAUGUAUAUGUGAUACACACCGUCUAUAAAUGAGUAAACGGUUUUGUAAAAGAAGUCUAGUAAGCGACUAGAUAUAGUAGUAUUUUGAUUGCACAAAUUAAAUGUUAUGUAUUUCCAUUCAUAGGAAUAACUUAUUGAAAAAAAUCGAAGAAAUCUCUAAUGUGCUAAGACUCAAAUGUAUCCUUUUUCACCAAAG